UUUGAGGCCGAGGUUUGCACCGGGCCGGGCGGCCGGCGGCCGUGUUCCUGGGCUAGGGACGUGGAGCCUUCAGGAGGGGAAGAUCUGAUUCCAGAGCUGCCAUGAUUGAAGUGGUAGCAGAGCUGAGCCGGGGUCCUGUAUUUCUGGCGGGGGAGGCGCUGGAGUGUGUGGUGACCGUCACCAACCCUUUACCCCCUACGGCCACUUCCGCAUCCAGUGAGGCCCUGGCCUGGGCCAGUGCCCAGAUACACUGCCAGUUCCAUGCCAGUGAGAGUCGAGUACUACUGCCUCCUCCUGACUCCAGUCAACCAGAUGUCCAGCCUGACAGCCAGACUGUCUUUCUACCCCACCGAGGCGAAAGGGGUCAGUGUAUCCUUUCCACCCCACCAAAAAUUCUGUUUUGUGACCUGAGGCUAGACCCUGGAGAAUCAAAAUCAUACUCCUACAGUGAAGUGCUGCCCAUAGAGGGACCACCCUCCUUUCGGGGCCAGUCAGUCAAGUAUGUCUACAAACUGACCAUUGGCUGCCAGCGUGUCAACUCACCCAUCACUUUACUCAGGGUCCCUUUGAGGGUUCUUGUGCUGACUGGCCUUCAGGAUGUCCGGUUUCCCCAGGAUGAGGCUGUAGCCCCAUCCAGUCCAUUCUUAGAGGAGGACGAAGCUGGGAAGAAGGACUCGUGGCUGGCUGAGCUGGCUGGGGAGCGUCUCAUGGCUGCCACAUCCUGCCGUAGCCUCCAUCUGUACAAUAUCAGUGAUGGCCGAGGGAAAGUUGGGACAUUUGGCAUCUUCAAAUCUGUGUACAGACUCGGCGAGGAUGUAGUGGGGACCUUAAACUUAGGAGAAGGAACUGUAGCUUGUUUGCAGUUUUCAGUAAGCUUACAGACGGAGGAGCGAGUACAGCCUGAGUACCAGCGGCGCCGUGGGGCGGGGGGUGCCCCCUCCGUGUCCCAUGUGACUCAUGCCCGGCACCAGGAGUCCUGCCUCCAUACAACCAGAACCAGCUUCUCUCUCCCCAUCCCUCUCAGCUCCACCCCGGGUUUCUGCACUGCCAUUGUGUCUUUGAAGUGGCGAUUACAUUUUGAAUUUGUAACAUCCCGAGAACCAGGAUUGGUAUUGCUGCCCCCUGUGGAACAGCCUGAACCUGCCACCUGGACAGGUCCUGAGCAGGUGCCUGUAGAUACCUUCAGCUGGGACCUCCCCAUCAAGGUGCUGCCGACAAGCCCCACUCUGGCUUCAUAUGCUGCCCCAGGCCCCAGCACCAGCACCAUAACCAUCUGAAGCUGGCUUACCUGUCCAUGCUGGCACUGGUUUCUUCAGGAUACUAAGAAUUCUGCCCUUGGACUCUGAUAGGGCCCACUUUUUCCACCUGGGGCCCAAUGGCAGACAACAAGAGGCAGGCUUUCAGCUGUAGCAUUAAUUUAUUUAUUUGGAAUAAAUGGGCAGCUGCUA